AUGCCAGCCAAGAAACCAAAACGACCGGUACAAAAAAUCAGAUGCGAUGAAAUUCAGGGGGAAAGGUUUCAUGCUCCAACAGAGGAUGUUCUCCAACAUAAUUGGUGGGAGGUAUUCUGCUUCCCCUAUAUCUUAUGUGGUCGUUUAUGGGAUUGUUUUGUGUCCCUCUGCUCGGGUACCAACCAGUGUCUCGUUUACUGGAUGGUCAUACAAUGGAUGGUAUGUAAAAUAACGAAACUGACCACGCCAGACCCUAUAGUGUUCCCUUACUACUUCUAUAUGUUCUGCCAAGUGAUUUUGCUCACAAUAUUUUUUAUUAUGCUUUGGAUUUGGUUUGGGAAGAGCGUGGUUAUUCCAUAUUUUGAGGCGUUCUAUAUAGCCAUAAUGGAAAUAGAUGUGAGAAAAAAUGUGAACACGACAAGAUUGUCAUUCAGAAGGUAUUGUUUCAGGAAGAGUGAAAUAUUUGAGGACUCAAUGGAGAAAUCGGCGUCUGAGUACAGGAUAUACAGUCCUAUGCAACCAAUGUUGACUAUUUUUGUCAAUUAUUUCAUGAACGUUAUCGAUAUUUAUUAA